GAGAGAUGUAGAUGGAAAGCAUGGCUCAGAUUGCGGAGGAUGCUGGCGAACAAGAGAGCAGAUGUGUCUCGCCUGCUGUGGGAAUAUAAACUAAGAACAAGUUUAAAGGACCCGCUUCGGAAGAUUUUGCCAAGUGGUUGCGGAUGGAGAAUGUGCGGUCGUUAUGAUCUGGGGGCUAAUCACUCGUUUCCCCAUUGACAGUGAUGACAAAAUUAAGAAGGAUGGAUGAAUGAUAAACUUGGAUGAGUGGAAGCGAUUGCAAAUCGCCACCUGUUAGUUGAAUAUCAGUUAUGUGGAUGCUCUUGCGGCAUCUCUUGAGCAGUUGAGGAGUAAGAACAGAAUUCAAGGGCAGGGCGGCAGUUUUUAGUAACAAGAAUCAUUGAGUUCUUUCAACCUUGGAGCACUGAAUCUGCAGCUGUGGGACUCUGGCUGGGCCUGAUGGGCAAAAACCCAUACUAGAAUAAAGGAAGGAAGAAAAGGAAAAAGAAAACAUCAGCCCUGAACCAGCAGCUGCAUAUGCUCCCCCUGGCUUGACCUCCAUGCUUGCUGUGCUGAAGAUCUUUCCCUGGAGGGCUGUUUCCCUGACCUUAGCACAUGGAUUUCAAGACAUCAAAUGAAGAGACAAAGACUGGGAUUUAUUUGUUGCAAGAUGGUAACGAGGAGCCUUUCAGUAUCCGUUUGCACCUGGCCAAAGAUAUUCUCACCAUUCAAGAGCAAGACGUCAUCUGUGUUUCUGGAGAACCGUUCUACUCAAGUGAAAGAACAGUAACGAUCAGACGGCAAACAAUCGGAGGGUUUGGUUUGAGUAUCAAGGGUGGUGCCGAACACAAAAUCCCUGUUGUGAUAUCUAAAAUAUCAAAAGAACAGAAGGCGGAACUUUCUGGACUGCUGUUUAUUGGAGAUGGAAUUCUCCAGAUAAAUGGCAUUAACGUGAGGAGCUAUCGCCAUGAAGAAGUGGUACAGGUUUUGCGUAAUGCAGGUGAGGAGGUGACUCUGACUGUGUCUUUCUUGAAGAGGACACCUGCUUUUCUGAAACUGCCUCUCUGUGAAGACUGCUCAUGUAUACCGUGUGACCAGAGCAGUGGCACGUCAUCUCCAUUGUGUGACAGCGGUCUACACUUGAACUACCAUCCUAACAACACGGACACUUUGUCUUGCUCGUCUUGGCCGAUGUCUCCUGGUCUGCGCUGGGAGAAGAGAUGGAUGGAUCUUCGAUUGAUCCCCCUCCUGCACGCUUGUCUGUCCCAGUAUGUCCCAUGCACUGACAUUUCCAGGCAAAAUGCCUUUCAAGUGAUUGCGGUAGAUGGUGUGAGCAGUGGGAUAAUUCAGUGCCCCAGUACCGAAGAAUGCACCGACUGGCUGCAAGCAAUAGCUACUAACAUUUCUGCUCUAACCAGGCACAACGUUAAGAAGAUAAACAGGAACUUUCCAGUAAACCAGCAGAUCAUAUAUAUGGGCUGGGUGGAUGAGAAAGAGCAAGAUUCGGUUCAGGAUCGAAUGUACACACCAAAGUUUCUUGCCUUGAGGGGUUCUUCACUCUUUAAGUUCUCGGCACCUCCUGUCACCACCUGGGACUGGACCAGAGCCGAGAAGAGCUUCACCGUCUACGAGAUCAUGUUCAAGAUUCUUAAGGACAAUGAGCUAGUAGACAAACGAAAGCACUGCUUCAGUGUUCAGACAGACUCUGGAGAGGACAUCUUCUUCAGCGUGGAGCUCGAUUGUGAGCUGCUUAUCUGGGAGAAAGCGUUUCAUAUGGCAACAUUCUUCGAAGUGGAGCGAAUACAGUGUAAAACAUACGCUUGCAUUGUGGACAGCCAUCUCAUGGGACUCACCAUCGAUUUCAGCAUGGGGUUUGUGUGUUUCGACGCUGCGUCGAAGGCGGUGCUGUGGCGACAUAAAUUCUCUCAGCUUAAAGGAUCAUCAGAUGACGGCAAGAGUAAAAUCAAAUUUCUGUUCCAGAAUCAAGACACGAAACUUAUUGAAGCGAAGGAACUGGAGUUCUCAAACCUCUUUGCGGUUCUCCACUGCAUCCAUGCGUUCUUCGCUGCCAAGGUGGCUUGUUUGGAUCCCAUGUUUGUCAGCAGCCAAAAUGCUGCCAUGGCCCCUGUUGUCUCCACGGCUCCCACAUUAACGGCCACAUCACAGAUAUCAAAAAUAAAGUACACGAGCUGACAGACUUUUGUGUCAGUUUCACUCCUCACAGACAUUCAAACAGUAAGAAAGGAACAAUCCCAAAUAAACAAUGGACAAAUAAUGGAUUUCCAGUUUUUGAAGGAAAAAGGCAAGUCAAGUAAACAUUCACAACCUCUGAAUGCUAUAUCAUCUAGAUGGGAAACAGACUCAAACCAUACACAUUAUGCGAUCGAGCCGGGAUAUGAAUUUCUGAGUCAUGAGUUAUGUUAAAGUUUCUAGUCGAAGGCAAACGUACCACAUGUUUACUCUGUUCAGUGAACCAUACCUCCCUUUCAACUACAAUUACUGGGUCAUUAGAAAGUUAGACUCUUCCUCUUUUGAUAUUGCAGUAUAUCUGUUUGCAUUACAAUGAUAUUAACAGUUAUUUAUGUGUAUUAUUUUGGAAUAUUAUUUAAUCUGGUUAUUGAUUGGAAUUAACCCUUUUGUGAAACCGCCAUGGAGUGCACCAUAAUGUUAUUGAAACCUCUGUUAAUAUUCUGAUUUUGUGUCAAAUAGCUAUUUAGUUAACCAAAGUCAUACCAGCCACCAUAAUUGUACCAUAAACACACCAGAAAUUAACCUUUCAGAAUGUCCAUCUGAAUCUAACGUAAGAAAUCUAGUGCCUAAGUAUUAUAUUGGUCAUGUUGGCAGGCUAUACCAUAUUGUCAUUCCUGGCGAUUUUUAAAUGUAUAACUUAAUCGCCACUAUUAACACUGACUCCUGUCUUACUACCCAGACAAACAACAGACUGGAGAAUGGGUGUGUUAUUUUCGUAUUUGACCUGUUUUGAUACUUUUAAGUCCUUUAUUAAAGAUCCAAUCCUGAAAGUGAAUAUGAAGAAUUGGGUUUGAUUAAUGGGAUUGUAUGAUGCACAUUUUCACAAGGGAAAAAAUUUACAUGCUAAUAAUUGUAAGGAUUGCCUUUAUUUUAUUAUCUUUAUGUGCUUCUUGCCUAUCUAAGAGAAAUAAAAGACUAUCACCCUGUAAACCUUUUUAAAGUCAACGUGAAAUCAAAAUUGACCCUGUUUACUUUAUAAAUACACAAUCAUGACACAAUCAGGAUCCCCCCCCCCCAUUGAAUAUCCUGUUUGACUCAGCAAUACGCCACAUUCAGAAAUUAAUAUGGGUUACGAAUGCAUUUCGUGUUGACUUUAAAAACGACAGUGGCUCAUGUUCAAAAGUCAAAACAUUUCUCUGUACUUUUGUACAUAUUUAAAGCUGCUGUUACAAUACUGUAAUCUAACCCAUUACUAGUGUCAUGAGCAGAGGACAACACAAGUCAUGUUAUCUAGCAUUUUGGCCACAGCUUCAAUCAUCCAAUUUUAGGCAUGUACUCAUGCUAAUCUAUGUAUUUGUGCUAAAAUUAUUUUUCUUCACCCAAUCUAAACCAUUAGAUAAUAGGUUAAAAAUGUUCCUACUCUGGACUUUUGUACACUUCCAGAAAGUUUUAACCAUUGAACACCCACCAAGUGGCCACCCUAAAUUUAAGGUAGAAACCUUCAGUUAUUGUGUUAAACUUGAUUUGCUUAAAAAAAAAAAUAUAUAUAUGACCUGAGAAGCAUUAAAAUCUUAUAUUUUGUCAUAGCUCUUAUUUUUGUCCUAAUGUUGAGUGAGCCCUGAAUGUGUAUGUUUAUGCUAAAGAAAGCUUUGUGAUUUAACCCAAAAUGGGAUAUCUUUGGAAAACGAUGGUACAUGAAAAGAGGUCCAAAAUAAUUAUUUUAUUUUUCAGCAAAUUAUGAUUUGUUUUAAUAAAAAAUUUAUA